AUGCCCAUCAAACUCCCUAAGCUCUCUGCGAGGCGGAAGUCGUCCGGGAACAUUCUGGACGAGGUGGAAUCAGCACCCCAAUCCUCCUUCCGCGUCUUCGAGCGUCCUGGUGGUCCCGUCAGGUCCAUGACCGAUGGCGCCCCGCUGACCAAGCGCAUGAGCGAGGGGAACUUGGUCACCGUCAACCUAGACGACUCCGACAACAUCUUCGCCGAUCGGGCCCUGGACAAACAUCAUCGGUAUGACCGCUCCCCGCUCCUGGAUUCCCUGCGGAAACGACUGACCCGUCGCCCUGACAGUGCCCGAACGUACGAGAGCUCCACGUCGACUCGGCUCAGCUCCUCGUCAACCCUCCCUUCCUCCACGGAGAUCCCUCCACCGGAUGAUGCCUACUCCUCCCCGCAUUCACGACUCCAUGAUAUUCCCGUUCCACCGCAGUUGUCCGGUGCUCUGAGGGCCGCCGGUCGGACAUUCUCGUUUGGUGGACGAUUCAGCAAGAGCUCGAUAUCGUCGAUACAACCGCAACCGCAGGAAAUGCCGGAUACAUCGACCAGGCACCGUGCUAUGACUGGCCGCACCGAUGACACUGCUACGCCGCCGAAGCUGCCAGACGCGAACUUCGACUUCGGCGGAGAUGAUAAUGAUUUUCAUAAUAUGUUUGACAGUUUGGGCAAACGGACUAGUACAGUGAUGCGGAAGCCGUCUCCUCAACCAAUUAAGACAGAUCGAGCAAUCGCUGUUGAGCCUGCACCUUACUCGUGGGGCAGUCAGUACCCUGAGGAUGCCCUGGAUGCUGGGCAGAAUGAGAGCCUGCUGUCCAGGAAGCCUUUACCAGUCGCUCCCGCGUCUGAUGCUCCGUCUGGAUUGCGACGAGCGUCGCCGUCUCCUGCUCAAAUGCUUGCCACGACCUCCCAUCGAUCUCUGGACCGUCUGUCUCGACAGUCCGAUCAAGGAUUGCGGCGGAGUGGAGCAUAUCCUGAACGACGUGAAUCAGACGAGCACAUUGAUGACGAAGAUGCGAAGUUAGUUCGGCAGUCGCUGCUGUGGACUAGAGACAACGCUUUUUCUGCAGAUACUGACGAAGCUCCGAUCGACAAGGGCAAGGGAAUAAGCCCCUCUGAGCACUUGAGUCCGGAUGGCGAUGCUAUGUUCGCGGAUCGUCGGUCGCCAGCACCAACCAAGUCCUUUGACUCAUCGAUCGAGGAUCAAGCCCGACUGGCUGUGCAGUUCGCGGAGAGUCUGCCCCAACGGACCUCCCCGGGCAACAAGGUGAUGACGCCGUCUCAGUUUGAGCAUUACCGUAAACAGCAGGAACUCCGGCGGUCCAGGAGUGACGCAUCCAAGAGCGAUGAUGAGUCGGUCAAUGACGAAUUUGACGAAGACGAUGAGGCAGAGAAGCAGCGAGAGGCGGAACGCCAGCGUCGGAAGCAAGAGGCUCACCUAUCUGUUUAUCGCCAGCAGAUGAUGAAGGUGACUGGUCAGCUGGCCGUUGAGCCAACACUGCGUCCGGAGAUGAGCGGGGCCCGCAGCAGCACUCCCAACCUCAUGUCUCGUCUGUCCAACCCAGGCGACAAGUCCACCAGCGGAAAGAGCAGCGAGGAUGAUGACGAGGAGGUGCCGUUGGGUAUCCUGGCCGCGCACGGGUUCCCCAACCGCAAUCGUCCACCCACCCGCUUGACCAGCACCGGCUCCAAUCCAAAUCUUCGCGCAUCCAUACAGCCAUCGUAUAUGUCAUCCGCUAACUCGGUGACGGGUGCUGAACAUGAUAUCGGUAAACGAAACAGCAGCUUGCCUGUCUUCGCCCGGAACCUGCCACGGGAUCCCUACUUCGGUGCUGGCCUGGUCAAUCCGUCCAACCGCGAGUCUCUGGCCAUGGGUGGAGGCUCGGUAUACGGGGGCUCGCAGUCUCCGAUGCCGCCGCCAGGAGGUCUUGUGGGCGUUAUCGCUAACGAGGAGCGUGCCCGCGCCACGAGACGUGGAAGUCCCAAUACACAAGCCAUGUACAAUAUGGGAGAUGUUCCUCGGCCAUACUCGAUGAUGCCACAACCACAGAACAUGUCUACCAGCGAACAGCAAGCCCAGAUUGAGUUGUCGCAACAGAUGCAACAGAUGAUGCAAAUGCAAAUGCAGUGGAUGCAGCAGAUGAUGCAGAUGCAGGGCUACCAGGGCCCGCCACUGCCUCUGCCGCCGAUGAUGAUGAAGGGCGGCAUGCCCACCCCUCCAGCGUGGGGGGCGGGCCCCAUGCCAGGAACACCGAUGGGCCCUCCCUCGAUGAUGGCAGGGAUGCCACCGCCUCCUUCAAUGAGCGGAGCCAACCCAAACAUGAGACCGAUGUCAGUCGCUCCCGGGUCUCAGUUUGACCACCGCACCCUCAGCAUGCUGGACCCCAAUAUCUCGACUCGUCAUACCGGAUCGCCGAUGCCACCUCUUUCCAAUAGCACUUUCCGCCCAAGCACCGCUACCGGCGGCUACGCCUCGUCCAUUGCCCCGUCAGAGCGCAGCAACGCAGGAAUGGCCUCGCGGUACAGACCGGUAUCCGUCAUGCAUGGCGGCGACCCAGGACACAUGAAUAAGGGCUGGAGCGACGAAAACAGCCCCAACAAGACUCUGACCGUGCCCUCACAACAGCCUCGUGCGCAACUCCCCAAAUCCACAUCGCUUGCUACCAUCACCAUUCGCCCUGUCCCGACUGAUCGUCUGUCUGCCUCUGGUGGUAAAAAGGUGCUCGCUGGAUCGGAUGACGAGGACGACGACGAGGCCUGGGCAGAAAUGAUGAAGAAGCGCGAUAAGAAGAAAAGCUCCUGGAAGAUGAAGCGGGCUACCUCGUCCCUUGGAGAUCUGUUGAGUGCCGUGCAUUAG